AUGUCGGUUGCCGUGGAAGUCAGCCUGCUCAGUGGCAAGAGAGUUGCCCUGAAAGCAGGUUUGGAAGAAGAGGUAUCAGCCGUGAAACGUCGCGCACAGACCGCGCUUGGAGUCGGAAACGGGCGACUGCUGAACUCAGCGGGAAGUGUUCUCGAUGCAUGUUCGACAGUCACGGAAGCAAGGCUUCAAAAGGGUGAUUCCCUGACCUUGCACAUAAACAGAUUGCAGAUUCAAUCCUCUGGCAAGACUUUUGCUGCCAUUCUGGGCGACGAGUCUGUCGAGACGUGGGGUGAUGCUCGCUCUAGUUCCGAAAGUAGUGCUGUGCAGGAUCAGCUGCAGAACGUGCGGCAGAUCCAAGCCACCCGUGGCUUUUCUGGCAGCGCCUUUGCUGCCAUUCUUGGCGAUGGAUCCGUCGUGACGUGGGGUUCUGCGCGUCAUGGUGGUGACAGUACUGCUGUGCAGGCUCAGUUGAAGAACGUGCAACAGAUCCAGGCCACUGGUGCUGCUUUUGCGGCUAUUCUUGCCGACGGAUCCGUCGUGACCUGGGGUGAUGCUCGGGCGGGUGGUGUCAGUAGUUUGGUUCAGGCACGGCUGGUGAAUGUGCAGCAAAUCCAAGCCUCGACUUGUGCUUUUGCUGCCAUCCUUGGUGAUGGGUCGGUUGUCACCUGGGGUGAUAGUCGCCAUGGCGGGAAUAGCCGUGAGGUGCAGGAUCAGUUGAAGGGUGUGCGGCAAAUCCAAGCUUGCGGCAAGGCAUUUGCAGCCAUUCUUGCUGAUGGAUCCAUCGUGACCUGGGGUGAUGACUGGCUUGGGCCUGCUGGUAACAGUAGCUUUGUGCAGCAUAAACUGAAGAACGUGCAGCAGGUCCAAGCCACUCACUCUGCUUUUGCUGCCAUUCUGGGCGACGGAACUGUUGUGACCUGGGGUGAUGCCCGGGCUGGUGGUGACAGCAGUGCUGUGCAGGCUCAGCUGCAGAACGUGCAGCAGGUCCAAGCCACUCACUCUGCUUUUGCUUCCAUUCUGGGCGACGGAACUGUUGUGACCUGGGGUGAUGCUUUGGCUGGUGGUGAUAGUAGUGACGUACAGGCUCAGCUGAAGAAUGUGAAGCAGAUCGCGGCUUCCAGCGCCUCUUUCGCUGCUCUUCGUGCCGAUGGAUCGGUCGUGACCUGGGGUGAUGAUGCUGAUGACGAUGGUGUCGAGAGCAGCGCUGUGCAGGCUCAGCUGACGGAUGUCAAGCAGAUCCAAGCCUCCAGCAAAGCGUUUGCCGCCCUUCGCGGCGACGGCUCCGUCGUGGCGACAGUAGUGCAGUGCAGGACCAGCUGA